AUGGUACCUGCUGUAUCGACAGUGGCAGCUACCGGCAGCGUGCAAUCCUCGGGCGACGUAAUUAUCAGACUAUCUGAUGGUCUAGCACAACGGUUAACAGAAAUGGUGACGCGAAACCAUCAGUGUCCUGCCGGAGACUCUUUCAGUGGUAACAACGAGCGGCUUCGCCAACGCCUUGAUACCGAUUGGCCGGCAGCGAUUUGCGGAUCCGAGCAGAUAUUGCUCAAUGUUGCUCCAGAGUUAGCAUUCGGUGAUGUACUACUGCUUCGUUUACAGCCUCUGUUGUGGACCGCCCAAGAGGCUGUGCGUGCGAUGGGGGUCGUUAUGCAAUUUGCACGGGACCUUGCUGAAAACAUGGGCGUUACCCCAGAAAUCGCAGCUUCUAUUGGAGUGGCUGUAUUUGCACUGGUGACACUAAACAUCGUUGAAGAGCAGCCAUUGGCAAAGGAGAACCGAAUUUCUGGUGACAAGCUUCAGGGUACCAUGACACCUUCAGCCUCUUUUGCGUCCAGCACCAAGACGACAUCGAGUAGCUCAAGCUCUUCUAGUAGUGGCUUAUGUACAGCAGCUUGUAACAUGACCGGAGCAAUCAAGAACUGCGAGACCGUGUGCCCUGGAGGAAGGCCGACGGAAAUUCCAGAAAGCGAUCGAAAAGUCACGACCGUUCACAUUGAGCCCUGGACACCACUUCCGUUGAGCGAUUGGGUACCAAUGAUCGAGCCCACAUCUGGAUGUCAACAGGAAGCGCCAAAGCAAUACCCAGAGGAGACGUUCAAUGAAACAGUCGACGAGUUCUGCGCCGUAGUAGGAAUGCCAUGGAGCAACAACUCUUGGGUAGUGGAUUCAGCUGGAAAGAAUACAACAUCUCCGGCAUCCAAACGAAGUCUCUGGCAGUCUGCCCGGGAUCUCUUUGUUAGCCGUCGUGACGAGACGAGCGACCAAACGACACUAGAGCUUCUUUGGACACCAACAGACGUCCUCGACUUGACAUGUUCUCUCACAUGUAAAGAGUCUCUUUCACAACUUGCUUUUUCCAACUGUAGUUCGAAGACUGGGAACACAGAUGGUAGAAUGGGUGCGGGCGGCGGCAUCUACAUUGGCUGCGGUUCUUACUCCUUCUCAAUCAAUCAACCGAAAAGCAAGGCGAAAAUCACAUGUCGCAAUCAUGAGCUAUCUGCGCCCCAGCAUGAUAGCGAGUCAGAAGGAGCUACAAGCGUGGAAUCAGCCAUUACUCAGUGGUGUGAUGAUAACGACGGCAAAAAGGUGAUCGGCACCGACAGUAUCUACGAACGGUAUGGGACUACUGACCUUGGCGUGUCAGAUCAAAGUUCCUUCUGGCUUCGAGGGUCGCUCUCGUGCGGAGAUACCGAGACCGUGCGCAAGGAUGACUGCAAGAAGUCGCUUCUUGAUGGAAUGGCGCAGUGCGACCCUGAUGGCAAAGCGACACAUGGGGAAACAGCCUCGAUGGGUUGUCUUGACUAUAGUCUUGAUUUGAGUGGCGUAACGCAGGACGACAAUCCACCCUGGAAUGAAAAGCACCAAUACCCGCCGCCAGAAUCUGCGCCAAGCGGGAAAGACGAUGAAUCUGCUAAUAGUGUGAUUUGCGACACACGAGCACAACCUGGAAGGGCUCUUACAGAAGAUCAAACGAAUGAAGCGAUCGCAGCAUACUGUAAGAACGAAGCCGCAAUCCCAGGAUUUGGAGAUCGUUGGAGUAACAUCUUCAAUUACCCACCCAAGGGCGAAGCCCAGUUCUACAGUGAUGACCGCUUCACCAUGCAUCUGGCUCUAGGUGCAGAGACUAUCGACAACAAGGAAGGGAACGAGUUUUACAAGGACACCGCAUGGUGCGAGUAA